CUGUUCGCCAUGGAUCCGGACUCCUGCGCCUCCCCGCCGCCUGCGCCGCCGCCGCUCCCCGAGGAUUUCCCUCCGGGCUCCAAGAGAUGCCGGACCGUGGAGGACUUCAACAAGUUCUGCACCUUCGUCUUGGCCUACGCCGGAUACAUCCCGUACCCGCAGGAGGACUCCUCCCUGUGGAGCAGCCCCAGCCCCCCAAACAGCACCGGUGGCACCGUGGACAGUGACAGUGGGGAGCCCCGUUUCAGGGACAUCCCUGCCGCCCUCUCCCUGUCCGGGAAGCCUCGGAAGAGCUUCAGUCAGCUGAAGCAUGGGAAGUCGUACUCCUCCAUCUACCAGUGGGCGAGACCCAACAGCUUCCUGGCGGACAGGGAGAAGAUCCGGAAGAAGAGGAAGCUGAUGAGGAGGGAGGCACCGCUGCUUGCCCCGGAGGCAGAGUUCAGGGGCGAGUUGAUGCAGCGCGGAGAGGAGGAACCUUACACGGAGGCGCCCAUGAGCCCCUCUUCCGAAGGUGACGGGCAGUCUUCGACAGGGCGCUGUUCCGCCUGGGACUCGGACACCCCGUCCAACGCCUCAGACAUGCCUGCGGUCCCGGACGAAGAGGGCCCGGCCCAGACGGUGGGCAAGCGAACCAUCAUCCGGCAGGGCAAGCAGGUGGUGUUCCGGGACGAAGACGGCAGCGCAGACGACGAAGACAUCAUGGUGGAUUCAGAUGACGACUCGUGGGAGCUGGUGACCUGCUUCUGCCUGAAGCCCUUCGCCGGCCGGCCCAUGAUUGAAUGCAGCGAGUGCCACACCUGGAUCCACCUCUCCUGUGCCAAGAUCCGCAAGUCCAAUGUGCCCGAGAUCUACGUCUGCCAGAAGUGCCGGGACUCCAAGUUCGACAUCCGCCGCUCCAACCGCUCCCGGAUGGGCUCGCGACGGCGCUUCCUGGACUAGCGGACAGGACCUCCCUGGAGAGCGUGGGAUGCAAGCGGACGGGCCCUGCGAAGCGAGGGACUCCGGUCGCAGGACUGCUGUUGCGGGGGCUUCCUCUCCGGCGAGGGCUCGGUGCGCGGCGCGCGGCAAGGCGCACCGGUGUUCUUGACGACCUGAACCGUGGCUGGAGAAAGAACCGACACGGUGCCCCAGAGCGAGCCAGGAAAGGCAGGACUAGGCUAGAGAGAGGCCUAUACUGCAUCUCUCUCUCUCUCCCCCGUUCUCUGCUCUUACCCCUGCACAGACCUAUCAAGGGAUUCCCUGGGAGAUGGAACAGGGAAUAGCCAGGUUGCAUUUCCAUGCUGACGUCAAGGCAGGUCUGGGGUCGAUCCAAGGGAUGUGAGGAAGAGGGGAGCCUGACCCACCCACUGGCUUGGGGGCAGUAGAGGGUGUCCCCUUUCUCCUGAUUGCUUCUCCAGAAGCCGUCUUCUGGAGCAGGGCCAUUCAGGGGAGGAUGCCAUCCCCUUGUGCUGGCAAGGAGAGGGGAGGCUCAGCCGUCCUGGCCUGUUUCUGUCGGCUUGAGGUUAUUCGAAAGAUUUCAGUGGUCCUCAGUUUUGGACUUGCCUCCUGCUCUGAUAGGCUGGGUUUGGAGUAUGGCAAAGAUGCAUCGAACAUCCGUUGAGCUCAUGGAAGUGUGGGCAGGGCUCAGGAAGGGUCACUGGUGAACUAGGAUUGGGGGGAUGCAGAAUCUGGGGCUUGAUGAGCUCUGUGGGUCGUAGCCUUGGGGUUGCUUCCUUCGCAGGGGCGCAGGGCACUGACACAAGGUCUUGCUCCCGAGAGAGACGCUUCCCCUGUGGCUUGCAAGUGCGUCCGAGCUGUCCGGCAGGCAAGGGGAGGAAGGAAUAGCGAAAUUGCUCGGCCCAACCCACCGUACUUAGCAGGGACCACGGUGGUCCACAUCACAGCCAGAAUCUCAGUGCGGUGGGCGUUCCCUGUGGACAUGGAAGGAAAGAGAGUGCGGGGUCUCUCAAGAUGGACAGGAGGAACGGAGGGGUGUCAAGUCAGGAAGGGGUUAGAAAAUCCCAAUCCCCACCCCCUGCUGCCAAUCACUUAUGAAUAGGUUAGGUAGCAUAUCCUUUAUCGUGGUCUCCUGAUGUUGUGAUGCUAAGACUUUGCCCUCUUGCACAAGGCCUGUAGGGAGAUCUCCUAUUUCCCAGUGCAGAAAAUUAAUGCAGGCUUGGUAUCCGGUUCCUGUGUAGGGAACGCCCUGGGAUGCUGCUGUGGUCGCUCUCUGUGGCCCAAAUCUCUGGAAAGAGCUGUACGAGAGACCUGGGGCUACUACUUGGUCAUAUCUGCAAAGCAGCCAAGUCCCUGGGGGGCUGCUACCUGCACCUCUGGUGUGCCUGCCAGGGAAGACGGUUCCUAUUUAUUUCAACUCCCAGGACCUCAUUUCAAUUCUUCUUGUUCUGUUUUGCCACGCCAAGUGGUGUCCGGUAAGCCAAAUGAAUUGGGAGUUUCAGGAGAAGAAUAAAUAUCUGCAUGUCUGCAUACCAUUCAGUUGGAGAGCUUUAAGGUGCGUUGUUGUUUUUUAAUUAAAAAUAUUUGCUUUAUGGGAUGAGGUUUC